GAAUUCCUCGUGGAAAGGCCGUGCGGGAACGUCCAGCGUAUUCCCUGUCACAGGUGGAGGCGGUCGCGGGGGUUGCUCGAAUGUCUCAAGUUGAAUGGCCACCAAAAAUCGCGGCGCAGACGACGGCGAUGCCACCUGUAUCGAACACGUAAGCUCAGCGACGGUCCUUCCGUUCGACGUCCCAGCUAACGAUCCCCUCUGUCGAUUUAGCGGAGGAUUCUAGUACUGCCAGAUUUAGUGCUGCUGGCUCCAUGAUUCUGCACAGUCCGAUAGCCACGACUACAUAUGUACGUCAUGCUUAUGGACUCGUUGAAAGGCCAUUUUGGGACAAGGAAGGGCCAAGUCGAGAUGCACAGUCCAUGUUGCGGGGGUCGUUGCCAUUGGCAAGCUUACGAAGUGAUGCACUGAGCAUUCGUUGGGGUGUUUUCUCGGUCGACGAGAAUUGGCGUCGAACGCACGACAAAGGGGAUUCCACGAGGCGUAGCAUCCUGCACAAUUGUCGAUGGACUUGGUUUGGUCGCUCGAAAGAAGAAAAUACCCUGUGUCGUCGUCAUGCAGGUGCCCACGUCCGACGAUUUGUUAAAGACAAAAGCUGUGCAUGGGAUUCCCGGCUAACAACAUGGAAAGUCGUGGCUCUCAUCCUCGACAAUGUCAUGAUCCGCGUCGGCCAUGUAUGCCGCCGAUGAAGCCAAGAAUGAUCUUGUGCAAUGGUCGUGGUGAUGUGAAUGCGGCAGAGAACUCCGAUCAUGGCCAGAAGAACAUGCCAACGCAGCUCAACACGUCGGUCUGUUCGACUUGGAAACAAGUGCCUCGAAUGUACUCUUGGAAUCAAAGCAGCUCGAUGAACCGUCAGGGCCGCUCGGUUGAAACUCCACACGCUGUCGUUCGCCACCUUCCAAAAGGACCACAUCGUGGACUUGAGCGUCAUGGGGUACACAACCCGAUCACGUCAAGGGAGGAUGGGUCCAUGGUGAAGGCACAUUACAUUAAUCUGAUAUGGCGAUCGAGAAUGGCCCUGGCUGUAUCCUCUUCGUCAAUUAUCGUCACAAGCGUGUUACGGAGGGCGUGCACGCUCUUGACAAAUUCGUCGCGCGGGAUGUCCUUUGCACCUAGCUUCAGCUUGUAGUCGAUGGACAUGCCCAAGUCCCACAGUUGAAAGCCCGAAGCAUGAAGCAAAGCACCCAAUGCGUACAGCUGCAUAGUGCCAGCACCGGUUGUCCCGGGCGCGUAAAACCCCGUGAGACUUGUAAACAUCGCGCCAUUGCAAUACGCGAGCUCGCCUGCCACCAACGUUGCGUUCUUCCACAGCUCAAUGCUGUACAACUUGACCUCGGUCCCAUUGACUUUGACGCCGUCGACGAGUUGCCUGAACGCUGUCACGACGGGAGGGUACAACCAAGCGAUCCCAUGCUGCUCGUGGCACCCCUGGACAACUUGGUCGAAGGCUUGGUUCACGGUCAAGCGAUACGCACUCGAUUUUUUCCGAAUCUGCUUGGGAAUGUGCAAGUCGCGCGGGUCAAUCACACAUCGCUGCUCAUGUAACUUGGGUAAAAGGUACACGUUCCCUUGCGACUCUGUCGCGAUGGGAAGGAACCCGUUGUACAUGAUGUGCGCAAUGAAGAUUGGGUCAAAGCAGCUUGAUAUCCAAAAGUCAUCUUGCGCAUGGUACAUGUAAUGCCGCAGGUACUGCGGCACGUACUUGGCAUCCAUCGCCGAAGCCCCCAUCGCCUUGUGAACGUGUUC